ACAGUGGAUGUCAACCAGCGGGACCUUGUCCAUAAAGUCUUCGCCCGCUAUCCAGAGGAGUUCACAGUUUUCCGAGAACUGUUGCAGAAUGCGGACAGUGCUGGGGCCGAGAACUUUGCUAUUGUAUUUCAAAGCCCACAAGGAUGUGCGAGUAAUGAGUCGAAGCUAGAUCUCAAUUCAGCCAAGGUCUUCAAGUGGCUUGUGAAGAAUGACGGUGCUCCAUUUCAAGAAAGUGACUGGAAGCGUCUGACAAAAACUGUUGAAGACAAUCCAGACCAACGAAACAUUGAUGCAGUUGGAAUCGGUUUCUUCAGUGUAUUCAAUGUAACUGACAAUCCCAUUGUCAAAUCGAAUGGUGCAUGGUAUCCAUGUAUUAUCACGGAGAUCAGGCACGCUUUUCUCUACGCGAAGCGAGAACAUAUCGACGGUGACCGCGACAAUUGGACUGUGAUCGAGAUGGAGCUGAAGCAGGAGUCUGUCAUCCCGCGAAUCUUUGAACUCACGCGAUUUCUAGCAACAUCCAUAACGUUCCUGGCCCGUAUUCGGCGUGUUACGAUCUCGCUGGACGACAUUGAACUAUCUUGUUUGAUAAAAACUAGGAACAAGGCCAGUCAGUCAAUAGCCAUUCCAGAGCAUACACUCAGAAAAAGCUGGGGUGGAACCAUGACCGUUGAUUCUAUUGAAUUGAUCUGUCAGUAUUUCUUGCGCCUUUACAAGUCCACAUAG